AGCAGGAGCUGGAGCUGAAAAGAGCCAUCUGUUUGUGCUGGAGAACAGCUGCAGCAGCUGUAAAAAAGCAGUUGGCUGCGCAUGCUCCUCCCUCAGCCGCCGGCGCUUUUGUAGACUCCGUCGCAAGCACACGCAUGCAGCUAAACUAGAACGGUGGGCGAGUUUAGGGGUUCCGUCCUUCAGAGAAGCUGGUACUGGAAACUGGAACGACGACAGAGAGAAGAAACUCCGCCUGACUUUUUCGGGCUGGAAGGUCUCGGGAGUUGAUGAGCACCACCACUGGGGAGGAACAAAAGGCUGGCUCAGGCGGUGCCCCACCGCUUAGCUUCUCUUUCAGGGCCAGCGGGGGAUGCAGUCCCUCCGUGCACCAGAAAGGAUACUGGAUGCCCUCCCCUGCUGCCCCAAAUCAGUUGCCUGUGGAUUAUGGGUACGACUGCCAGCACAGCUCAGCAGACAACAACAGCAGCAUUUGAGCAUAUUCACGGCAACGGAACCAUGGAGGAUCGCCAUUCCCUCAGCAUCCACUCCUUCCAGACUGUGGCCCUCCACAACAACAAGGCCAAGUCAAUUAUUACCAAUAAGGUGGCGCCUGUAGUCAUUACCUACAACUGCAAAGAAGAGUUUCAGAUUCAUGAUGACUUGUUGAAGGCCACCUAUACUGUUGGGCGGAUUACAGAGUCUACUCCGGAGCAUUACCUUGUACAGGGGAAAUAUUUUAUGGUCCGUGACGUAUAUAGCAAGUUAGAUGUCCUCAAGACUGCCAGCAGCUGCGGUGCUCCGAACUUUCGGCAAGCCAAAGGAGGAUAUUCUGUGUUUGGAAUGGGCCAGCCCAGCUUAAGCGGAUUCAAGCAGGUCCUGCAGAAGCUCCAGAGUGAUGGCCAUAAGGAAUGCAUUGUGUUCUGUGUCCGUGAGGAGCCAGUGCUUUUUCUGCACAUAGACAAUGACUUCAUGCCAUACACCCCCAGGGGAAAGGAGAACCUGCACGAAAAUCUACACAGCCUGCAGAGGGGUGUCAAAGUAGAAAGCCUGGAGCUCUCUAUUCGGAAAGAGAUACAUGACUUUGCCCAGCUGAGUGAGAACAUGUAUUAUGUCUACAAUGAUAUCGAGCAUUUCAAAGAUGAGCCACAUUCAGUGAGCAUCCGCUGUGAAGAAGACAUCCAUGUGACAGAGGAAGUGUACAGGAGGCCAGUCUUCCUGCUGCCAUCUUACAGGUACCAUCGUCUUCCUUUGCCUGUAGAUGGAGCCCCUUUGGAAGCACAACUUGAUGCUUUCAUCAGUUUCCUCAGGGAAAGUCCAAAUGUGCUCCUUCGCCAAGACCCCAGCAGGCCGCCUCCUGUCCUGCUCUUCAGCUGUCAAACAGGAGUUGGAAGGACGAACUUAGCCAUGGUGUUGGGCACUCUGGUGCUUUAUCACCGCAAGGGUGGGCUGCAGAAGCAAGACCUUCCACAGUCCACUAAAUUCUUGCCACGGGAUCAGUUUCGGAUUAUUCGGAACUUCAUUGACAUGGUACCAAAAGGCCAGCAGUUAGUUAAGGAGGUGGAUGCUGCCAUCUCCUUGUGUUCGGAAAUGCAUGACAUGAAGGAAGCCAUUUACGAGUAUAAAAAGAAGUUGGAAGGGAUUGGUGAAGAUUAUCAGAUUCAGGGAAACAGCACCAAAGAGUAUUUCCUUCAGAGGACAUUGCAGAGCCUUGAGCGCUACUUCUGCUUGAUAGCAUUCAACUACUACCUUCACGAACAGUACCCCCUUGCUUUUGCUCUCGAUUUCAGUCGAUGGAUGUGCAGGCAUCCUGAGCUGUACAGGCUUCAGGCAAACAUGAACCUGUCAGAGCUAACAGUCACAGGGGAACAGAUAACGAAGGGGGCACGGGUGCUGGUGGUGGAUGAAAGGUUUUCGCCUGAUGUGCUCAGUACCAUCAAGGAGAUGAGCGUGGCCAACUUCCGGAGAGUCCCCAAGAUGUCUGUGUAUGGGAUGGCACAGCCAAACUCCAAGGCUAUUGGGAAUGUCUUGAACUACCUGACAGAUACAAAGAGGAAGUAUUCCCACAUCUUGUGGGUUAAUCUCCGUGAAGAUGUGGUUCUGGAAGGGAAUGAGCAAACUUAUACCCUCCGGGAGGUUGGCACCCUGGAACAGCAGAUAACAGUCCCUGCAAUGUCAUCUGACCAGCUAGAGAAACUAGAAUCCAUUUUGAAGAGCGACCUGCUGAGAUCCCAGAAAUGGAUUGAGGUUUAUCUGGAACAGGAGAAGCAGAUGAAAAUGUUCAAGACGUGCCUGACCAUGCAGGAGGUAUUUAACCAGCAUAAGAGCACCUGCCAGGGAUUGGCUUAUAAACGGAUUCCAAUUCCAGACUUCUGUGCUCCUAAGGAAAAGGACUUUGAUCAGCUGCUGGAAGCCAUGAAGAGUGCUCUGGCUGAAGAUUCCCGCACAGCCUUUGUGUUCAAUUGUCACAGUGGCAGAGGAAGAACCACCACAGCAAUGGUUAUUGCUGUCCUCACCCUCUGGCAUUUCAAUGGAAUCCCCGAGAUGAUUGAGGAUGAAAUUGUGAGUGUGCCUGAUGCUAAGUACACCAAAGGAGAGUUUGAGGUGGUCAUGAAGGUGGUGCAGAUAUUGCCAGAAGGACACCGAAUGAAGAAGGAGGUGGAUAUGGCACUAGAUACUGUGAGUGAGACGAUGACACCCAUGCACUAUCACCUGAGGGAAAUCAUCAUAUGUACUCACAGACAGGGAAAAACAGCUAAGGAGGAGAAGGAGAUGUGGACAUUGCAGCUGAGGAGCCUGCAGUACUUGGAACGCUAUAUCUAUCUCAUCCUGUUCAAUGCAUACCUGCAUUUGGGGAAAAAGGACUCCUGGCAGAGGCCUUUCAGUGUCUGGAUGCAUGAGGUGGCAGCCAAGGCUGGAGUUUAUGAGAUCCUGAAUCAGCUGGGUUUUGCUGAAUUUGAGAAGCUUGAAGACAAACCACUGUCCCAGAUUCGCUACCGCUGGCAGGAGCAGAGCCGAAGCUUGCUGCCAUUCCGGGGAGAAUUCAUUUAGGAUCUAGUAAUUACUAAGGGUCUAUGAGAAUUGCAGUGUUUCCCAUGUGGACAUAUCACCUUCUCUCUUUGCUUUUCUGGGUGGGUUUUUUUUAAAAAAACAACAACAGACAUUUUAUAAAUAUAUAUAAAUAAUAUGGAAAAGUAUGCCUUAAGGGAGGACUAUGAUUUAAAGAAGAAAAAGUUAAACUUCCUUGAAGACUUUUUUAUAGGGUUCUUUCAGACACAAUAAAAAUAAAUUAAGAUAACUUUAGACAAGAGUCAAUGGAAAUGCUGUGUAUUUUCCCUGAACAUUUUAUAACAUACCUACCAAAAAAAAAAAUCUAGGUGCUGUACAAGACUUUUUCACAGGUCUUUUUCAAAGACUUUUUCACAGGUCCAGUGUAUACCGACAGGUUGUGUGCACAUAUUCAGAAAUAUAUGCAUAGUACUGCUAUGUUUGGAACCAUUUAGUAGAUCGUUCAGGAUUGUUUAUUAUUUCUUCCACUUGAAUCUCUUUACAUUUUAUUAUGAAUAUUUCAAUUCAUAUGAUACACUUUUUAAAUGGUGCAAAGAGCCACUACUGUUAGAGGGUUAUCCUGGGCAAAGAAUGGGAGAAGUCCACAGUGAUGAUUCCUCUGCACAUCACUCCCAUUGAACACACAAGUGGAUGCUGUGAUGGAGAAAACUCCUAAAUGCCUGAGAUAGCAUGUGUGGUGCUUGUCUCCUCUAAUGAUUGAUGAGUGCAGCAGAAGUGUGCUGUGCUCAUAUGUCUUCUCUCAUUUUUGAUCAGGGAUGGGAAACCUGUGGCUCUCCAGAUGUUGCUGGACUACAACGCCUGUCUAUUAGUCAUGCUGGCUGAGGCUGACAGGAGUUGGAGUCCAAUUGCAAUUGGCCACAAGUUACCCCUUCCCUAGUUUAGAUAAAGACUAAACCAGCCAUCAGGUUACAAACCGGUACCAGGUACUACAAAAAUCUGGAGAGAGGGGCUGCUUUUCAUAACGGAAGAACUCUGAUACACUAGGUUUGGUAGAAGGAAGUGAAAGAGUGUUGUAAGUACAGCUGCAAGCACAGCUGCUUUUGUGGUUCUGAGGACCAGGGUCAGUAAAGUCCUGCUGGUGCUGGUGCAGAUUGGGGCUAGUGGGUUAGAAGAGCCCUGAUUUGUAAAACUCCAGGUCUGUGCAUCCAGAAAUAAAGGAAUGGGUCAAACUAUUGUAAACAAUCCAUCCUUUUGUCAAAUAAAAACAGUUUUAGGCAGGGCACGAGUAAAUGCCAAUGAAAUCAAGAACCUGAUAUCUGGAAAUGUAGUAGGAGACACAUGAAGUUACCUGAUAGUGAGUCAGAUCAUUGGCCCAUCUAGCUCAGUGUUGUCUAUACUGACUGGUAGCAGCUCUCCAAGGUUUCAGGCAGAAGUCUCUUUCCAGCUGGACCUGGAGACACUAGGGAUUGAACCUAGGACUGCAUGCAAAGUAGCUGCUCUGCCACUGAACUGCAGUCCUUGUAACAUAAAAAAGAAGCAAAAGUUACUCUCAAAUAAAGGAGCUACCCAUAAUGAGACAAGAAAUUUAGAACAAUCAGUAAGGUCAGAAUGCGAAGAGCCCUGUGUGCACAGUUAGGCACAUUUUUAUGCAUUCUGGUACACUUUAGUUCUCCUGUUCCAAUGACUGAGCCUUGUGUUUUACUUAGGGACUGUUCCAGAGAGGGCUGCACAAAUG